AUGAGGGAAAGGGGCAAGAGACAGAGGAGGAAGAGGAAGAGGAGAAAGAGGAAGAGGAGGAAGAGGAAGAAGAAGAAGAAGAAGAAGAAGAAGAAGAAGAAGAAGAAGAAGAAGAAGAAGAAGAAGAAGAAACUACCCUCGAGAAACCUAUAUGGGGAGAAACAACAACAACAACAACAACAACAACAACAACAACAACAACAACAACAACAACAACAACAACAACAACAACAACAACAACAACAACAACGAACAAUAAUAAUCCUGCCAACACCAUAA